AGGAGGUUCCACUGUGCACUCAGUGCAUACCAUCAAAUUGGUGCGCAGCUGUCGUGUCCUGUUGCAAUUCUCCCCUUGAUUAAAAAAAAAGCAACAAUGGCAUCAUUUUCUGACCGAACUUAUCUCGGACGCUAUGGCAAGAUCGCAUUGUUUCACCUUUUGUUCCAUAUGACAGGGUUGUUGGCCAGUCAGGUGGUCGUGCCCCCCAGUGUGAGCGCCGUGCUGGGGAAGAACCUGACGUUGGAGUGCCGGGUGGACGUGGCGACCAACCUAACUCUCACCCAGAGCUCUUGGGAGCGGCGUUUGCCUACCGGCUCUGUCACGGUGGCCGUCUACAACCCGCACUACGGCAUCUCCAUUUCCCCGGAGUUCAUCCAUCGCUUGUAUUUCCGCUCACCCUCCUCCCACGAUGCCACCAUCGUACUGGAGAACGUGGGUUUUGCGGACAUGGGCAUGUACACUUGUAAAGUGGCGACAUUCCCACUCGGGAACACUCAAGCCUCCACGACCGUCAGCGUGCUCGUGGAGCCAAAGGUCUACGUGUCUGCCGGCUCGACCGCGCUAAUCGACGGGAGCAACGAGACCGUGGUGGCCACUUGCAUUGCCGAGCGGGCCCGCCCCCCCGCCGAGGUGUCCUGGGAGUCCAACCUUUUCGGCCAGUCGGAAGUGCAGCUUUUCGACGACGUCAACGGAACCACGACGACACAAGUGCGCUACCUUUGGCAGCCCACCCGUCACAUCCAGGGCCACACGCUCGCCUGCGUCGUCCGCCACCCGGCUCUGCUGAAUGACUUCAGGGUCCCCUACCAGUUGAAUGUACAGUUUGCUCCUGACAUCUCUGUGGUGGGAUACGAUGGAGACUGGUAUGUGGGCCGGGACCGUGUUCAAAUGAUGUGCAAAGCCAACGCAAACCCGCCAGCUCAUCAUUUCCGAUGGAUCAGGCUGGACGGUGAGAUGCCGGAAGGCGUCGAAAUCCUCAACAGCACACUGCUUUUCCUCCGUCCUCUCCAGAGGAACGAUUCGGGCGUGUAUAGGUGUGAGUUUGCCAAUGACAUCAACCUCCGCAGUCGGGACGUUCGCAUUCUCAUACAAGAUCCUCCCACCAUGCCUUCCACCAUUACUGCUCCUGUCCUCUCUGGUUCCUCCUCCACCCUAGUGGACGAUAAGCGCCACGUUCAUCUCAACUCCACUACUCUUGAAGCGCUACCUGAGAGUAACCUGGGCACCGUAGUGGGUGGGGCAGUGGGCGGGGCCAUGUUCCUGCUGCUGCUGCUGUGUCUGGCCGGCGUGUGCUACCUGCGGAAACAGCAGACCUUGCACGGGGACUGCUACGCUAAACAGUACCCGGGCCCCGGCGAUGUCCAGAAAGCCCCCGGCAAUCAGCACGAGCUCCACGCCCCCAAAGCCGGCGGCGGCGGCUCCCACCGCCAUCAGGACCACGACAGAGAGGAGUGGGGCGGCUGCGAGCUCAAGCGCCACUGCAGCUACAACGGAGAUGAAUACCCGUCUAACGGCUACACGCGGGCCAUGAGGGAGGGCGGUCACCACAGCAACCAGCAGAAUCCCCAGCAGGGACAAACAGAGUAUUGUAGUCCACAGCAGCAGCCCAGGAGGCCCCGAUACGCGCACUCUCCCAAACCUGCGAGGAACGGCUCCCCCUACGUGCCAAACAACUGCUACGAUAGCGGCCCGCGGGGCGAUUACGUCUCUCACAAAGACGGCUCGGUCAUCUCUCGCAGGGAGUGGUACGUUUGACCAGAUACCCGGUCCUGGCGUCCCGAUCACCACUUUACUAAAUCAGAAAACACUUGACUUCUCUUCUUCGAAUACCUUUGCACCCUGGAAGACACUUGAGAGAGGCUCAUGAUGUGAAUGAGCCUCGUGGUUGUGUGAUUAUGUAUGUGCGCUCCCUGGACCGCCAGUUUUUUUUGUCCAGUCGCUAAUGUUGUCAGGUGAGGAAGCCCCGGUGGCCUUGCUUUCUCACAUUGCACACACCGAUCCGCUUUAGACCCGUGACCUCUGAAUACGCUACACUGAGAUGAAAUGGCUGACCAGAAGCUAACCGACGUCCAUCCUGCGAUGAGUCUCGGCUCUUCAGAUGGUUACCGGUCCUAACCUCCCAUUUAUCGGUCCAAUUAAUUGCACUGCCUUUUGCCAUAAUCUCAGUCCUCCCCCACACCCCUUCCCAAUUAACUUGAGGCCUUGCUAACUUGAGUUAAUGUUCUGGGAUGGACCUCUCCUACUGUUGUGCUUAGGAAAGUUGAGAAAGGAAGCCAGGUCCCUUCCACCAUCAGACAUGAAGUCUUCAUUUGUAAAUGUGAUGAAAGGACCCGCCAUGGUCCGCUAUUGAGCCUCCUUGAGUUGGGCCCUCUUUUUCGUUGACCGUGACAAUUGGACAGUUUGCACUCUGGCACAGGGCCAAUGUAUCCACCGGGGGGGUUGUCAGUAACAAGGCCGCCAACACAGACCGGAGUACGGUAUUAAGUUACACAGCAGUGCCGCCGUCGCUACUAAUGGGUCCGCUAAUCUGUAGCGGUGUCAAUUAAAUGCUUGUCUGUGGCACUUGUGCUCCAGUAGCUGUGUUCACCACUUCUCCUCAGAUUGUUUUCAUCAUCGCAGGUAUAAUUUUGAUGAUUAUGAUAGCCGGACAAAUCUUGAGUUUUAACUGGGGCCCACCACGUGGUUUGUAUGCAAAUCAUGGAUGUUGGUUUUGGGGGACCAGAUUUGUUUUAGUCUUCUUAAAUGUCAGGAUCUCUCUGUGAUGUAAAAGUAUUGUGGCACGUGCACUUACCAGACGGGAUGGAGGAGAUCGGACAAUCUCCUCCUUGCACAGUAGUGUUUAUAAACGGUAGCUUAUGUCAUCUUUUAUGUGCUCGGAGGCCAAAUAUUUCCUCGUGUGUAGAAAUAAGACAACGGCGUGUAGAAAACACUAGAUGACAAUGAAGUCGUAGCAUAUAUUAGCUUCUCACAGGGUCCCGUAGCUUGAAAUAAAAAGACACCUUAGCCACUUUAACGAUAGUCGUCCGGUGGACGUUUAGUUCAAUUGAUGUUCUUAUUAGCCCGGGUGUGACUGUCGUGCCGUGAUUAGGCAGCCAUCGUGGUAGUGGCAUGUUGGCCAGUGAAAACCAUGUCGUUUCGAAUGUGAAAUGCUAGAGACACAUGCUCCUUGUGUAAAAAAAAAAAGAAAAAAAUAGAUAUAUAUAUAUAUCUUUCACGGCCAUAUUGUCACGUUUAUCUCCAGUGUUUGUACAGUCUAAAGAGUGCCAUCUUUUGUGGCUACCGCCGCCAAGCGUGUACGCUGUUUUUUCUUUAAAUGCCUUUUUGGUAGGAAAGAUUUUGAAUUUGCUUUGGACACAAGUUGGUGUCGGGAAGAUAUGAAAUUGCUCCGCAGGCAACGUUUGUCUCUCUGGGUGGGCGAGAUGGCUUGAGAAUACAAUUUCAUGUGUAUCUCCAAACUGCAGCCGCAUCGAGCGCUGGCAAAGCUGGAACAGGCCUGACGUGACAUUUUCAUGGUUGGGCUGACAAAAUAAGCAUUGUGGCCACCUCGGUGUCCAGGCAAACAUCCUUGCAGGUAACAGGAAGCAUGGCUGCCUAAUCCCCUCUUUUUUUUUUGCUUCUAUGCACUAAGGCGGAAACUUGACGAAUCGAUUUUUUUUUUUUCUUCAGCCCUCAUACCUGACUUCAUCCAGUUUGCUUGAGCGAAGCUACGAGACACCUUGAUAAAUGAACUAGUGCCUUAGAAGAUGUUUGUUUCCAUAUCUGUAGUUUCCCUGUCGAUGCCCAGUGCCAUUUACUGUCGUCGGUGCCAUAUAUCCAGCGUAAACACCAGAGUAUUCCAAACCCGCUAUCGUCACUAAAACACAAACUUUGGUUAUAAAUGAGUUGUCUCUGGUUCACAGGUAGUACCACAGUAAACAAACACUGUGAGUAGUUUCCUUUUUCUUUUUGUAUAUAAAUAUGUGGACAGUAUUCAACAGGAAUGUAAGUUAAUGGAAAGAAAAAAUAUAUUUUAUGUCAGUGAAAUAUUGAUUUGUUGUUCUUCCCCCCCACCCUCCCUCAGAUACUUUAUUUCAAUAAAGCACCUUAGCACA